CCAAAGCCUGCGAAACCACGCGAUCACUAGCCGGAAGGAGUCGCUACACGAGGUACUUGGAGUGAGAGGCACCGAGUCUGAGUUACCCGUGCUGGGGUCAGCGCGAUGCCUAAAGCCAAGGGGAAGACCCGGAGGCAGAAGUUCGGUUAUAAUGUUAACCGGAAGCGUCUGAACCGGAAUGCUCGACGGAAGGCAGCGCCGCGGAUCGAAUGCUCCCACAUCCGACAUGCCUGGGACCAGACCAAAUCGGUGCGGCAGAACCUGGCCGACAUGGGUUUGGCUAUGGACCCCAACAGGGCAGUGCCCCUUCUUAAGAGAAAGGUAAAGGCCCUGGAAGUGGACGUGGAGGAGGGGCCUAAGGAGCUCAUGCGGAAGCCCUAUGUGCUCAAUGACCUGGAGGCAGAAGCCAGCCUUCCAGAAAAGAAAGGAAAUACGCUAUCUCGGGAUCUCAUUGACUAUGUUUGCUACAUGGUGGAGAACCAUGGGGAGGACUAUAAGGCUAUGGCCCGGGAUGAGAAGAAUUACUAUCAAGAUACCCCAAAACAGAUUCGGAAUAAGAUCAACGUCUAUAAGCGUUUUUACCCAGCGGAGUGGCAAGCCUUUGUCGAUUCGUUGCAAAAGAAUAAGAUGGAGGUUGAGUGACUGGUUUACACCUGCCCCAGGUUGAGGCUUCCUCCUGGACCAGAGAAGUUGAGCCAGGGUUUAAGGCAAGGAGAGGUGUGUGGCUACAGAUGAGUCUAGCCAAACCCCAUGGAAUCAAAAGGUUACAGCGCACACAUACACACACACACACACACACAAAAUCUCUCACACUUCCCUUUGGGGAAGACACUGUCUCCCAGAGGCUUCAAUUUAUGUUCUUCUGGAGUCUCUGGGAAAAGCCAGAACCUGCUAUUUUCAGAGUGGGUGGUUUGUUUGAAUAUAGUCUGUGUACAAUAAAAUACAGUAUUUUACUUC